AUGCGUACCUCUACCGCCGCAGCUUUCCUCGCCGCCGCUGGCGCCAACCUCGUCAGCGCCCAGGACAAGGUCGGCUUCGGCCCGGCUUUCUCUCUCGGCCCGACCCAGAGCUGGAUUCGGGAGGCCAACACCACUCUCGUUCUCCCUCCCGUCCCCAGCCCUCAGAAGGACCGUCUUGCUCUGUGGCCCGGCAUGGGCACCAGCGGUGGUGAUCUGAUCCAGGCCCUUGCCGUCUCUUUCAGCGACCCUAACGUAAACUGCGGUGCCAAGGCAGGCCAAUGGUGCACUUGGGCUAGCACUCUCCAGGGAACGCAACUUGGUGGCAAGCAAGUUCCUGCCUCUGCUGGUGACAAGCUCACCAUGCACUACAAGUACAACGACAGCACUGGCAAGUACGACCAGACCGUCUCCCUCAACGGCAAGGUUGUUUCUCAGCUUUCGACAAGCUCGGGACAUGCUGAGGGCUGGGGUACCGCCGUCGAAUGCCAGGACGAUGCCUGCGUUGGCACAGUUGUUGCUCACAAGUACACGGGCACCACCAUCAUCCUCAACGCCGCCGACAACACCUUCAAGGGUACUCUCGGUCUGAACGAGGCCGACUCCACUGGUCUGACCACCUCUGACAACGGCAAGACCUGGAAGGUUGACACCAUCAACAUCCACGCCCAUACCUUCAACAACUAG